AGCGAAGAGUAUCUGGAGGCCAUGAAGGAGGACUUGGCCGAAUGGCUGAGCACCCUAUACCCCGAACUGAGUAUUAAUGCUGAGAACUUUAUGGAUCGACUCGACACUGGCGUGGCUCUGUGCAAGAUAGAAAUAUUAAUAAUGAAAAGGCAUAUCUGGCAUCUGGAGAGAGGGGAAAUUCUGAUACAAGUGUGCUGUGGCAAAUUACUGUCAUUCGAAUUUCGAACCCCGGGACGAACGCUCCCCAAACCCUUCAGUCUGACUCAGAAUCUGAUACGACUAGCAUCUCUAUCUCUAUAUCCCAGUGUGAUAAGCGAGUGUGAUUUAAAGCGUUGAAUAAUAAUUUUGAGCUGAGCUAAAAAAAAAAGUCUUUUUCGAAAAGUUGUACAAAAAUGGAUGAUUUCCAAUUCGAAGAGUCGCCGCGUUUUUUGAAUAUCUUGCAAUCGGGAACGGGUAAAAAUGCCUGUGCGGUAUCUCGGCGCGAGAUAUUAGAGUGGGUUAACGAUUGGUUCGACAAGGACUACCGACGCCUUGAAGAGCUAAAAACUGGCGUCGAGUACUGUUGCCUUCUGAACGAACUGAUCCCUCAGUCAGUCCCCAUCGGGAAGAUCAGAAUGGACACCUUGUCGGACUACGAUUGCACGGAAAACUGGAACUUGAUCUACACUUGCCUGAACACCCAUGGAGUGGCCAAGGAGCUGGCCAUCGAUCGGCUUGCCAGUGGCGGUUCUAGGGAGUCCCUCGACUUCGCCCAGUGGUUCAAGACCUUCUUUGACCGCAACACCGAAUACAUACUGCAUAAGGCCACUCAAACAUUGGACCAGCCGACAACAACGACAAAGAAGAUCGGCGAGGGCAGGGAGAGUCUGUACCUGGUGGAGCCGGUGAUUCGCAGUGCCACCCAACCGAACAUGCGCUAUGGGAAGGGGGAGGACGCCAAGGCCGGAGGUCCUUCGAAACAGACUCGCAAUGCCAAUGCCAAUGCCAGACGUAUGCAUUCGGUGAGUCCUGCCAAGGCGCCGCCACAGAAGAGCCCUGCGAAGGAUGCCCCAGUUGAUCCCAAGAAGCGGCUGAGAUUUGCUGGGAAGAGCGAGGAUGUGGUGGAGGAAGUUCCUCAAAAGAAGACUCAAAUCGUGAAGAGAAUGCUGCGCGAGGCUCAGAGGAAGUUGGAGCUUGAACGAAGUGCCGCAGAGGAUGUGGAGGUAGAAGAGGAGGUGGUUGAAGUUCCUCCAAAGGUCACUCCAAUCCUGAAGAAGCGGCUGCGACCUGCUGAGAAAAAGGCGGUGCGAGUGCAGAGUCCCAGCGAGGAUGUGGAGGUAGAAGAGGAAGUGGUUGAAGUUCUUCCAAAAAAGAUUCUGAAGAAGCGGCUGCGAGGUGCUCAGAAAAAGUUGGUGUUUGAGCGAAGUCCGAGCCAGGAUGUGGAGGAAGAGGAAGUCGUGGUCCAAGUUCCUCAGAAAAAGACUCAAAUCCAGAAGCGACGGCUGCGAGACGCUCAAAAGAAGCCAGUGCCUGAGCGAAGUCCCAGCGAGGAUGUGGAGGUGGAGGAGGAAGUGGUCGAGGUUCCUCAAACCCCGAAGAAACGUGUGCGAGAUGCUAAGAAGAAAGCAGUGCCUGAUCGAAGGCCUAGCGAGGAUGUGGAGGUAGAAGAGGAAGUCCAGGCUAAAGUUUCUCCAAAAAAGCGAAUCGUCCGAAAACGCAUGCAAAUGCCAACACCAGGCGAGGAUUUGGAGGUGGAAGGAGACCUCAAUGCUACUCCAAGAAAGACUCGAAUCGUUAGGAAACGUGUGCGAGUUCAUUCGCUAAGCCCUGAUGUACCAAAUCAGAACGUUUCUGCCGAGACUCCGAGAAAGACAUUACCAAGAGGGAAGGAGCAGGUGGAAGAGGACAUCGAGGUUUCUCCAAAGGGUCGCGUCCAAAACAAGCGCAUGAGAGUUCAUUCCCUAAGUCCAGAUUACUCUCAGAAACAAUGUGGUCCUGCUGAGAAAGAGGCUGCACAAGUGGAAGAGGUUAAGGUUGCAGCUCCACCAAAAAAGUCUCGCAUUCCGCAAAAGACCCAAAGAAGGGUGCACUCCCUGAGCCCCAUAAGAUCACACGAAGAUGUGGGGAAGAAGACAUUGCCUGUGCCACGUCCAAGAGUGGCUUUAGAAAUGGAGGAGAACGUCAAGGUGGAAGUCCCCGACAAGAAGUUAAGGGUACAUUCCUUAAGUCCGAUUAGGACCAAACAGAUCGAAGCUUCUCCAGAAAGGACACUGCCUGUGGAUGUCCAAGACGUCAAGGUUAGGCUUCCUCCGAAGAAGACUCGCAUCCCCAGAAGGCGACCAAAUCCAUCAACGAGUCCCACUAGGGUUUCGCAACAAAAUACAUUGGAUGAUGUCGUGGUUGGUCCCACGAAGAAGAGUCCCACUCCUGUUCCCCAAUACACAAAAGAACCAUUGCCCGAGCCAAGUCCUUAUGAUGACGGCUUCGAGGUUAUAUUUCCUCCAAGACACCUUCGCAAAUCCAUGAAGUAUCUACCCCAUUCCGACUCUUCGAACUCUUCGAACUCUUCGAGCUCAACCAUUGCUCCUCCAUGCACUAGGAAGUAUGAAGAGAUGGAAGACACGGCUUCAACAGGGACACUCCGUAAUUCUGAUUAUGAAGAGAUGACUCCAUUCGAUAUCCACGGUUCUAUUCGAGAAAGCAAUCGCCGUUUUUCAUGUCCAUGUGGAGCCGAGAAUAAUUAUAACCGUAAGCGAUAUGAUCCUUUUUCAAUCCGAAUAUCCACUUACUAUAUCCACGCAGUCUGUUACGAGUCGGGCAACGACAGUGUCGAGUACAACAAUGUCAACUUCGAUAGGGAACCGGAUGAGUGCACUUGGGGGGCAGCACUUUUCCCAUGGGGCAGCUCCCAUAUGCAUCUUGAACGGAGGCCCAGUGAUGUCACUACUCUCAGUGGUUUGAGUGCGAAUCCGAGGCUGGAAUACCAGAGAUAUCUAAAAAUAUCCCGUACCACGUGGCAACAGAAUCAUUUUAGGAAGCAAUACUACGAAAAGAGAAGUCAAUCUUCAAGAUCAAAGUACCUAGGACUGCGUCCUCUUAGCAGGUUUGCUGGGGAUCUUCUGGAAUGGACCAUAGACGACGAAAAAAAUGACCCUUUCGAUACUUCUCAUUUCGGUAAGUAUAGCUACAAAAGCAAAAGUCUACUGAACCCCUCCACAGACCCUAACGAACCACACCCAGAUGAAGAGUUUCGAGUUUCCACUCAGCCCCAGGAAACAGAUUUUGGCAUCUAUGCCAGAAAGUUAAUAGCUGCCCUCAAGGGCUCCAUCUUCGCAGAGCUGCGAACUGCCCUCUACAACAGCGAGAUAAUCCCCUAUCUAGAGUACUCCUUCGUUUGUAUUGAAACCAAUCGGAGAGCCGGCAAACCAAGCCGCGAAGCUCUGGUUAUCAAGGAUAUUACUGAAAAACCAAUUACUGAAAAUGCUCAGGAGUCCGAUGCACUUAAAAAUGAAGAAAAGGACUUGAUGUGGAAAGAUGAUGCCUGGAUUGAAACUGAAACUGGAGAUUCUGAUUCGGCCCCCGGGGACUCUGAGGAGCAUGAGCCAACACCCAGACAGGAUGCUAAAGCAGGGGGCUCGGACACCCUGGAAUACGACACCCAUUAUUCAGAAAUCCUAGAAACCGAGUCCGAUUCGGCCGAGCCAGAAUCUGCGGAAUCAGAAGAGGGCGAACUUGUGGAAACCCAGGAGGAGUUUGAAGAGGAGAUUGAAGAAGAGAUUGACGAAGAGAUUGACGAAGAGAUUGACGAAGAGAUUGACGAAGAGAUUGAAGAAGAGGUUGAAGAAGAGAUUGAAGAAGAGAUUGAAGAAGAGAUUGAAGAAGAGAUUGAAGAAGAGAUUGAAGAAGAGGUCGAAGAAGAGGUCGAAGAAGAGGUCGAAGAAGAGAUCGAAGAAGAGUAUGAGGAGGAGUCUGUUUCCACCGAGGUAGAUGUCUGGGGGGAUGAUUCCCACAAGACUAUAGUUCGGGCUGCAGUUGAAGAGUCUAUUGCAUCCCAAUCAAUUGUGUCCAUCGAUCCUUCCGAGCCAGAGCCAGAACCUUCCCCCCGUGUCCGUGCUCUUCCUCCAAAGAAGGUUACAAAAGCCCCUUGGCGGAGAAAGAAGCCCCCUCCGAAGACCGUGAAGCCGGCCGAUCUUUCCUCCCAAGAGGACCUGCUCCAACCGCCGGCGGGUGUAGUGUUCUCUUCCCUGGAAGAGGAAUUGCAGUAUAUGGUGGGUAAAAAGGUCCUGGUGAGGUUCAGCAGUCCAGAGUCAUCAAGAGCGGGCGGAAAACCCGACAACCUGAAUGAUUUUGAAGAGGUCUCAUCAAAAGGUAGUUCCAUUUCGAUAGGUAAGCUGUCGCAAACAAAGUUGAAGACUUUCGAGAUAACGGAGGAUGCAGUACUGGGUGAUUUCCUGGAUUCCCACUUGCCGGACAUCUCCCCCAGUCUGUGCGUGUGGCAGAGCGCGAUGGGUGCUGAUGGGAAAUACAGUUGGGGAGUGGGUGCCCGGACUGGACCGCCUAGGGUGUUGGUGCGGAACAGUAGUCCGGAGUCACAAGGAGAGGCACCGCGCAUGCCGCGCCGCGAACUGGCCGAUCCGACUCCAGAAAAGCAAGCAGAAGUCGAGGAAGUCAAGCAAGAAGAGAAAAUUCAAGAAGAGGAUGCCCCCAAUGUGCCCCCAACAGAAUCGCGAGAAACCCCCAAGAAAACUGUGCCCAUUAACGCUCCUCAGUCCUUACCCGAGUCCUCAGUCCUCACCCCAUCUGACAUGGACCUCAUAGACCGCAUCUUGAAUCUUCGGAAGGACAAUCCGUGUCUGGUUCUGACGCCGGAUGGCAGAUUGACUGUGGAGAAGAACCCGACCCCGUCGAGAAAGGAGGAAGAACUUGACCCUCUGUCGCCCGCGUAUCUGGAGCUGAAAAUGGACCUAGCCCUGCCGGACGAGAGUGCGUUCACCUCCCGAGCCGAUUACCUGGAGGCCCUGGAGAAGUUCAAUUUCGCCCAAUCCAAGCCUCGUGUUGCACUCCGAGUUCCAGCCUGUGUGAAGACGGCGGUUCUUAAUCAGAACAAGGGUGAUGCCGUUUCGAAGCUGCAAAGGAGUACUACGGAGACAUUGUCAUUCGAUGGAACUGACACGAAAGAAGACAUCAGACCCGAUAGUCAGCACCAGUUCUUCCACGAAACAUGCGACAAGUGCGGCUGCCGACCGGAGUAUCGCAGGAAACAAACUAAUCGGAAGGUCUUCUUCACCCCUCGCCGUGAGGAAAGGAUCUACGAAGAUUCUUCCGAUGCAGAGCACGAGGAACCGAUCGGUGAUGGGAAGUACAAGAAGCGCGCUGCGACGCCACCAAGGAGACGCGCCGAUAAGAAAGCUUCCUCGAUUUCAGAUGAGGCGCAGGACAAAGGGACCGAAAACCAGAACCUCACCGCCACCAAUAUUGUCUUCAUAAACAGUCCACCGCAGAAGAAAGAUCUGAAUAUCGGAAACAUCCUUAAGAACCUCCCACUGCCGGACAUAAAAAAGCGUAAAAAGACUAAGAGCGAAAGUGAAGAAACUGACGAGUCUUCUGAGCCCAAACGACCCAAGACCAAAAAGAAAGCGACAAAGGGGAAGAAAGAACAUCGUCGAAUCCAAAUUGAAGAAAGCGAAGAGGACUUCAGUGAAGAGGCUGCUCAGCCCAAGCGAUCAAAGACCAAGAGGAACCUCCCCAAGAAGAAAGAACGUCGCUCUAAGCAUUAUGAGGAAAGCGAUGAUAGCGAAGAGUCUUCUGAGCCCAAGAGAGCCAAAACCAAGAAGGUCCCGAAGAAGGGGAAGAAAGAGCAUCGCCGUAAGUCUCGUGAAGAAAGCAACGAAGAAGAGGAAAGCGAAGAGUCUUCUGAGCCCAAAAGAGUCAAGACCAAAAAGAACGUCCCAAAGAAGAAAGAACAUCGCCGUAAGCCUCGUGAAGAAAGCAACGAAGAAGAGGAAAGUGACGAGUCUUCUGAGCCCAAACGUGCCAAGACCAAGAAGAAUGCACCAAAGAAGGAGAAAAGAGCGUCGAGUUGUCGCCAUCAAGCCUGCAGAUGCGGUCGCACUCUGAAAUGUCGUCGGAAACCCAUAGCUCUUCCUUACAAACCGAUAAGUCAUAAUAAGAGUGAGCCUGAAUGCUCGGGAUCGGAAAGAACCCAUUCUCCGAAAAUACCAAAACAGAGCGAACGGCCUCCAAGCCAGGAAUGUCCUAGCCCUACCUAUUUGGAAUCUAAUGAGAGAAAUGUAGUGGAACCCUUAGUGGAACCUGUAGUGGAACCUGUAGUGGAACCUGUAGAGGAACCUAUAGAGAAUCCCGUAGUGGAACCUGUAGUGGAACCCGUAGUGGAACCCGUAGUGGAACCUGUAAUGGAACCUGUAAUGGAACCUGUUGUGGAACCUAUAGUGGAACCUGUAGUGGAGCCUGUAGUGGAACCCUUGGUAAAACCCGUGGUGGAACUAGUAGUGGAGCCCGUAUUGAAACCCGUAUUGAAACCCGUAUUGAAACCCGUAUUGGAACCCGUAUUGAAACCCGUAGUGGAACCCGUAUUGAAACCCGUAUUGAAACCUGUAUUGGAACCUGUAGUGGAACCUGUAGUGGAACCUGUAGUGGAACCCGUAGUGGAACCCGUAGUGGAACCCGUAGUGGAACCCGUAGUGGAACCCGUAGUGGAACCCGUAGUGGAACCCGUAGUGGAGCCCGUAGUGGAGCCCGUAGUGGAGCCCGUAGUGGAGCCCGUAUUGAAACCCGUAUUGAAACCCGUAUUGGAACCCGUAGUGAAACCUGUAUUGAAGCCAGUAUUGAAGCCUGUAUUGAAACCUGUAGUGGAACCUGUAGUGGAACCUGUAGUGGAACCCUUGGUGGAACCCUUGGUGGAACCCUUGGUGGAACCCGUGGUGGAACCCGUGGUGGAACCCGUGGUGGAACUAGUAGUGGAGCCCGUAGUGGAGCCCGUAUUGAAACCCGUAUUGAAACCCGUAUUGAAACCCGUAUUGAAACCCGUAUUGAAACCCGUAUUGAAACCCGUAUUGAAACCCGUAUUGAAACCCGUAGUGGAACCCGUAGUGGAACCCGUAGUGGAACCCGUAGUGGAACCCGUAGUGGAACCCGUAGUGGAACCCGUAGUGGAACCCGUAGUGGAACCCGUAGUGGAGCCCGUAGUGGAGCCCGUAGUGGAGCCCGUAUUGAAACCCGUAUUGAAACCCGUAUUGAAACCCGUAUUGAAACCCGUAUUGAAACCCGUAUUGAAACCCGUAGUGGAACCCGUAGUGGAGCCCGUAGUGGGGCCCGUAUUGAAACCCGUAUUGAAACCCGUAUUGAAACCCGUAUUGAAACCCGUAUUGAAACCCGUAUUGAAACCCGUAGUGGAACCCGUAGUGGAAUCCGUAGUGGAACCCAUAGUGGAACCCAUAGUGGAACCCAUAGUGGAACCCAUAGUGGAACCCAUAGUGGAACCCAUAGUGGAACCCAUAGUGGAACCUGUAGUGGAACCUGUAGUGGAACCUGUAGUGGAACCCGUAGUGGAACCCGUAGUGGAACCCGUAGUGGAACCCGUAGUGGAACCCGUAGUGGAACCCGUAGUGGAACCCGUAGUGGAACCCGUAGUGGAACCCGUAGUGGAACCCGUAGUGGAACCCGUAGUGGAACCCGUAGUGGAACCCGUAGUGGAACCCGUAGUGGAUGUGUGUGAUUCUCCGCCCUAUAAAUGUGACGAUGAUCAUCGCAAGGAUAGUCCCUGUCGUAUCCUGUCGCCGGUAGGUAGUGUAACUGUGGAAAAGGACCCCCCCAAAUUAGAACCUGAGGAGAGUGAUGAGGAAGUCCCUUUGCUCAAAAAGGAAUCCUCUAUAAAAUGUCGCAGUGCCCCAGACAAAGACUUCACUCCUCUGCUAACUGACGACGAAGUCCGUAGUUUUCGAAGCUAUAAUCUACGCAAGAGGUUAAAAAUUACAUCGCCAUAUCUCUCCGAUGUGAAGGAAUGUACAGAGCCUUCCAGCAGUGCCACCACCCUUUUGUUUAAAAAGCGGACACCUCAGAAAGGACCUGAAUAUACCAAGCCAAUAGCUCACAAGGAACCUCUAGAUACCAAGCCAAUACUUCGUAAAGAACCUCAAGGUACCAAGCUAAUACCUCAGAAAGCACCUCGAGAUACAAAGCCUACACCUCCAAAAGAACCUCAAGAUACCAAGCUAAUACCUCAGAAAGGACCUCAAGAUACAAAGCCAACACCGCCGAAAGGACCUCAAGAUACGAAGCCAACACCUCAGAAAGGACCUAAAGAUACCAAAAUUAGGAAGUACAAAUCUCGUUUAUUGCAAUGGGCACAGGAAAGUGUGGAACCCAUAGACCCGCCGGCGCCGCCGCAAGAAACCAAACCUGGUAUAUACUUUUUUGUGCCAUGGGAUACAAAAGAUACUUCCCGGUCCAAGAAGAAGGAGAACUCUAUGGCUACGAAACCAGUCGCUGUUCAGAAAGAUACUUUGAAGGCCAAGAAUAUCAAAAAGAAUGUCUCUAAAAUUUCAACCCGUAGCGCUGCUGGCCAAACUGAAGAAUUAUUUUUUGAGGAUACUUCCAAGGAUCAGAAGGAACCUGUAACUACGAAACGCAAUUCUUGUGAACAGACUGAAGAACAUUAUUUCGUGGAUCAAGAUUUCAGGACUCCCGUGGGUAAAAAUACUAAAAAGAUCAAAGAACCUGAAAUUACCACACGUAGUGCUUGCGACCAAACUGAAGAGCAUUAUUUUAACGAUCAAGAUUUCAUAUUUCCAAUCAAAGAUUUAAAAUCGCCACAAAAAUACAUAGUGGAUGACGGUGAAAAGCCAACUUGUUCGAAGUAUGUCAAGAACAGAGGUCGAACCAUUGCUGCAGAGAUGCCAGAAGAUGAUCAGCCUUUGAAAUCUUCAGAAGAUGUCAUGCAUUCUUCAGCAGAAGAUGAAGGCAAGGCCCCAGCAUGGGAUGAUCUGCCAAUUAGGUCCUCGAAUGGUGGAAAAUAUUCCAAUAAUAGCGAGGCUCUCGAGCUUGAACGUGCUUCAGAGAAUUGUACAGCAGCCACAGAAGAAACUGCAUCCAAUAUAACAUAUAUCAAGGUAGAUAAUAGAAAGACGUAUCUCUUUGAGAUAGAAUCUCAAAACUCACCGGAAGAGACGCAGUACGAGUCUUCAAUUGCUUCCGAAACAAGAUCAGUUGUCGAGGAAAAAAUCAAUCAAAUAAUGAAGAGAAUUGAUAAACUUUCAGUGCCACAAGAUGAAAAUGAAGCAAGAUCUCAUACCAGCGAGAAAUCAGAACACUUUGUAACAGAAAUGGAGUCCAUUUGGGCGUCGAUUCGGGAAGUGGAAGACGUAAACCAUUGUACUCUGGAAAUAGUUGAUCUUCCCGUCCAUAUAGAGUACAUAUGGAGGAAGGUGUCUAAAGUCUUGUUGAGAUACCAGUUCCUGGCGACGAAUGAUGUUUCUCAGGAUGUUCAUAAGAAUCUCACCCGUAAGAUUCGAAUGGAGAAGGCUUCCAUUUACAAGGAACCAAAAAUGUACAAUACACAAGCGAAUGAAUCUGCUGUUGAUCUGGAGCGGAAGAGGAAUUCUCUGGAUAUUCCAACUAGCCAAAGUCCAGUCCGGUCCAACAUAGGUUCCAGGACUUCUCAUAGCUCGGCUUCUAGCAGCGCUUCCAAGAGAAAGAGAUCCACAGACACCGACCAGUCCGUCAGGAAGAAGAUCAAGAAGAUUAGACCCGUGAUCCAACAUCGUAUUGCUCGUAAAAUCCCCAAACGUGUCCGAAUGAGUUCAAAGAAGCACGAGUUCACCAACGAUCACCUAUCUCUGAGUGUUGCAGGGCUGUUCAAGUUCUUCCGAGAGCUGAAUGCGGAGACUGAGGGCGAGCCGCUCGAUAUGAACAACCCUUUCAAGUCAAACAUUACAAUUAAUUUGUCCAGAUGCUUCAGGCCGACCGGCACCCAAAACACUACGCCACUGAAGAAAUCAAAGUUCCUUGAGUAUCGCCAGAAGCAUUCGAAAUGCGAUCGUGAAAAUAGAUUUGAUCAAGCUCGAAAGUUUGAUUUCGAAUCAGAUGAGGACGAUGAGGAAGAGGUAGAAGGUCUUGUAGCCCAGGAAGUAACCCAGUCAGAAGCCCAGGAACUAUCCCAGUCAGAAGCACAGGAAGUAUUCCUGUCAGAAACAGAGAAAGAAGUCCAGCAAGUAUCUCAGAAAGAAUCGCAGGAAGAAACCCAGGAAGAAAGCCAGGAAGAGACCCCGGAAGAGACCCCAGAAGAGACCCCGGAAGAGACCCCAAAAGAGACCCCGGAAGAAACCCAAGGAGCAACCCAGGAAGAAUCCGAGAAUGUAUCUUCACACUCAUGGACGUCGGAUGAGUCUGAUGGUCGUUAUCGUUAUGCCUUGUUCCGAAUUCCUGAAACCGAAACCGAAGAGGAAGCCACAGCCGAACACUGGAAGGAAAAGAUUGCCCUACUGGGUCAAGAGUUCUUGGAUACCAAGGCAAAGUACGAUGUCUGCGUCAAGGACAAUAACAACUAUUGCAAUAAACUAAGGAGAAUCAAGUUUUCAUGCAAGCAUAUUGCAAAUACCGCAGCCUCAGAGGUCCUCAAUAUGCUUUACGCCAAUGAGCAAAAAUUGAAAGAUGUCCCGUAAUCUGUAUAUCCUGUAUCUUGUUAUGAAAUAAAUGUUACUUGUUAUUAUGAGCAUUCCAAAAAGUAAA